AUGCAGGAAAAAAAUGACACAAAAUCAUACGAUUUCUACUAUAAAACGUGCAUUACAGAUCUGCACUGUCCUUGUGGCAUAAACAACAACAUUGCCGCUGAUUGUUGGUAUGAAAACCAUAAGAAACAAGAGUAUAAACUACCAAAUUGGUUGAAAAGCUAUGAUAUAAAAUGCCCUUUUGACAGGUGUAACCUUUACAAGGGCAGCCAUGGCAUUACCUCUUACAUUUACACUGGAAAUCCGGAGGAUCCCUUGGUAAGUAUCAUUUUAAAAUAUAUUAUAACCUUUCAUGGAUUCAAUGCCAGCUUAUCAGCAUUCAACAACCUCAGAUGCUCCCUCAAUAACUCAAAAUUUAGCGUCCUGUCUUUUGACCUGUAUGGACAUGGCCUUAGUAGUUCUCCCAAAUAUAAAUACUACUCUGAAAAUUAUUCAUUAGAAUUUUUUGCAAAACAGCUAAGGGAACUAUUAAUAUUUCUAAGGCUGGAAACUAAAAGUGCCACCCUAAUAGGCAUGUCAAUGGGUUGUUGCAUUGCAGCCAAAUAUUGUUAUAUGUACCCCCAAUCAGUGGAUAAACUGAUAUUCUUAUCACCAGCCGGUCAUAUAACGGACAUCCCAUAUCGAAUAAAGAUGAUCAAAAAUUGUUCGUGUAUUACCCCCGUAGCCGGCUGUUUCUUCUGGCCCAUCUGCUUCAAACGCCGUGGUUGCAAGAAAAAUUCAAUGUGGGAAAGAACGAUGUGGAUGCUUUUUGUCAAAAAACGCGGCCCUUUGGGCAUUAUGGCCUGUGUCAACCGUAUACCACUAUGGAAUUGCCUAGACCUUUACCAACAGAUUGGCGAAUUUCACAAGCCAACGCUGUUGCUUUGGGGUAAAUGUGAUAAAGUAAUCCCAAUCAAAGUAUCAUAUGAUUUUCAAAAAGCACUAAAAAAUUCACUCUUAGUAAAAUUUGACGACUGUGGGCACUUGUUAUUGAGUGAUAAGCCUAUGGAGACAAUUUGCACUUGUAUCGCAUUUUUGAACAUCCAAUAUACCAAAUCAUCCCAAAUUAAUGUGACUAAGUUUAGAAAUUGGCUUCCGUUCGAUGAAAAUGGACAUUACAUACACAAACUCAGCCGGUCAAUUGAUUAUUCAGUCGAUGAGGAUACUGAUGAAUUAAAUCUGCCCAGUAACCAAAUAUUGGUGACAAUAGACGAAUAUGAAAAUGAUAUUAAAUUUCCAGAUAUGUAA